AUGGCCACUUCGUAUAGUGAUUCACCUUCAUCACCAUACAACGAAGACUCUACAGAUUACACUGUUCAGCGCUUAUUAAUUGGUACACACACAUCAGACAACGACCAAAAUUUCGUUGAAAUCGCACAUAUUCAACUUCCAAAAAACGAUGUUAACGUUGAUCCUCGAAAAUUUGAUGAAGAGAAAGGAGAAAUAGGAGGUUAUGGAGGUACCACUGAAAGUAGAAUUAAGGUCGUUCAAAAAAUCAAGCAUGAAGGUGAAGUUAAUAGAGCACGGUAUAUGCCUCAAAAGCAAGAUAUAAUCGCCACGAAGACAGUUUCAGGAGACGUUUAUAUAUUCGACCGUACAAAGCAUCCAUUAAAACCUCUGACUGAUGGUGGUUGUCAACCUGAACUGAAAUUACGAGGUCAUGUAAAAGAAGGCCCAUUAAAAGAAGGCCAUAUAUUAGACGCAUCUGAAGAUACCACGAUUUGCCAUUGGUAUGUAAAUGCUAUUGGAGAAAUUGGAAUUUAUGACUUUAAUUUGAUGCUGCUAUUUUAUAGGGACAUUACUGAUAAGGCUGAUAAGCCUGCCCAUUCGGUUAUUGCACAUCCAAGUGAAGUCAACACUUUGGCAUGGAAUCCAAUGAAUGAAAAUAUUUUAGUAACGGGUGCAGGGGAUAAGUGGUCACCACAUGACGAAACUAUUCUAGCAUCCGCUGGAGGGGAUAGAAGGGUAAAUAUAUGGGAUCUAAGUCGAAUUGGCGCAGAGCAAACGGCGGAGGAUGCUGAUGAAGGGCCUCCAGAAUUAUUGGUUCGGCACACUAAUAAAAUAUCUGAUUUCAGUUGGAAUCCUCAUAUACCUUGGGUGAUCUCUAGUACUGCUGAAGAUAAUAUAAUUCAAGUUUGGCAACCGGCUGCAAACAUUUAUUCUAUUGAUGACAGAGAUAUUCCUCCUGAAGAAUUGGAAGAUUAG